AUGAACAUCCCCCACGGCCAAGUGGGGGCUUCUCACCUCACUGUUACCGCAGCGUCAACAAUUUCACCAGCUGGGUGCUAUGACGCGAUGUCUCAGAGGAAUGAGGAAUCCUCUUUCGAGGAUUUUCAGGCGGAACGUCGUCGUCAGCUUCGCCUGCAGAGGGACCGCGAAGAGCGCGAAUUGAGAUAUGAAAUCGAGGGCGCAACCAGAGUCGCACACCAAAGGUUCCUGGCCAGAAAACAAAACGCAGACGCCGGGACCGUGCAGAGCCGACCAGCAGAAGACGGGCAGAACCUGCCGACAGAGGACAAGAUUACGGAAGAUGAACCCAGUCAACAAGAGCGGAAACCAAACGAACAUCGUGCCAAUCUAAAUCCACAGAGCGGCCCCAACACCCGACAAGAAUGGGACGAAUACUUGCGCGCGAGGGCAGCAAUGACGCCGGCAGAGGUCGAGGAAGAAAUGCGAUGUCAAUGCGUGGACCACUGGCGGCAAGUGUCCGAAGGCAUCGACCUGGUGGAAAUGGCCCUCGAAGACCCGGACGCUGUCGAACGUUCCACCGGCCUUUCGGGCACUCUACUUGGGCGUGAGCCAUGGAGGAAGGAUGAGUUUCGCUUCGCCGCCAAGCUGCUUGGGUAUGGCGAAGAUUUUCGGUACGGGGAACGGCUUGUCGAACGGCACUCGCACGAGUCGCCCGACAGGGCCUUCAUAUCGCCCGAGGUCUGCAAAUUUUUCAUCUGUGAUCGACGCGUUCCGAAAGGCGAGACGACCGUAGAUGAUUUGUAUGCCGAGCAGUUGCGUCUCGAGGCCGAGAACGAUCCACUUGAGAGGGCGAGGGAGGCGGUGAGGACGGAGAGUGACAAGAUACUCAGGCACAGGGCCCGGCUGUUCCUCGCCGAGCUCGAGGCAGCUGCGGAGAGAGGUGAGAAAGCGAAGCCAGCGGAGAUUUGGGAGCGCUUGAAGCCUAAGAGGCCACGUUGGAUCCAGGCAUUAGUUGAAACCUGGACAGGUUUUGGCUUCGUGUUCUAUAAAUCCAAGGAAGCUCGUGCCCGGCCCGAUGCCUUGGGGAGAUGGAUGCGCAUUUUCAAUGAUAUGGAAAGGACCGACAACUUUGGAGGGUACCGUACUUGUUUUGAUGGCAGAAAGGCUGUAACGGAUGGGUUUCUUCUCAAGCAUUGUAUAGACGCCGUCUGGAUCGAAGAUGAACUGUCAGAAGCAGAUCCAUCUUCGUUACGGUCGCAUUUUAAGAGUCGUCGAGAAGAAAUUUCUUCCACGAAGCCAGGUUUCUUGUCCAAUACCUUUGUAGUCGUAACAUCGGACUGCGUGCCCUCCGAACUCGAACAUCAUGACCCCCAACCUAUCGAUGAAUUCGUCUACUCUGAUGAAGAGACAGAUGAGGAGAACCCUCCAAUAAGAUGGAGCGCAAAUAACGUAGAACCCGACGAUGUUCCGACCAUGUUCGUAUGGGCAUAUGACCCAGAUUGGGAGCCUCCGUCCCCAGGGGCCGCUUCCGACGAGGACGGAUACGAGGGCCGUGUGAAGGUCCAAAUUAGAUCUCUAUGUUCUUGGUUUUACUCGGCAAGGAUGGAAGGAAUACAUGAUAUGAAGAGUCUUUGGCGCAAGGCGCAACGGCAUCAUGAGAAAGUUUGGGUGUGUGAGGCUCAGUUCCUCAACAGAUCGGAGCCUACGUCACUUAUCUAG